UGCGAAGAGCUCGAGGAUUUGGUCCACUUCUCAGUGCACGACCUGCCGGCACGAGGUUAUGUCGUCAUGGAGGAGAUCCGACGUCAGGGGAAACUCUGUGACGUCACGCUCAAGGUGAGCGAGGCGGCGUGCGAGGCUGACAUUAGCCUCCAAGCUAACAGUGUGAGCUAAGGCAUGCUAACAAGCUAACGCGGAUUAUCAGAUAGUGACGUCAUGGGCUGACCUGUGAACUGCCUGGGAGCCCCACGGGCAAGGCGGCGAAGCGGCUUCCGGUCAGAGAGGUCAGUUCUUAACACCAGGGCUGGAGGUCAGGUGUGUAAUCCACCUGGAGGAAGGUAGAGGUUGUGUGACGUGCGCAGUUGAGCUCAGGCAGCACAGAAGGGGCGGAGCCUUUUAGCGGCGUUGUGGCGUAAGCAGGUGAGCAGACACGUGAUUUCUCUUCGUUCCAAACAUGUCUGCCAGGUGAGGGAGGGGCGUGACCUUAACCCUAACCCCUACAGCAGGAAGAAGCUCUCAGUGGCUCCACCCCUCCCCAUCAGGGCCUGGCUCUAUGUAGCAGCAUCACAUGAUCCAGGUGUGCGUCUGAGCUGAUCUGAGGUGUUCAGGUGCGACUGAGAAACGUUUCCACCUGUGCUGCGUCCUGUGCCUGCAGCUCAGCAUUGAUCCUCUUAACGGCUCAGUAGGCAAGGUGCUGAGUCUGCAGCUCAGGUGAGCCCACAGCAGAGGCAGCCGUCUCCCAGGACAAAUGCAAGUAAAGCAGCACGUCCUCACCUGUCCACUCUCAGGUGACCUGCAGAAGUUUAAAGGAAGUCAGACUGAUUCAAUGAUGCAGGCAGACUUGGCUGGUUGGAUGAAGGGAUCUGAUUGGCUGUGCAUUAAGCUGAAGCUCGUGGAAACAUCAUCGAUGGCGCCAGCUGGUCAGCUGACAGAGUUAUGCUGAACCCUGAAAUCUACUUCCUGUUGAAACGCGUGUGUUUCAGAGGGUGAAGGAACGCGACUUCACCUUCAUGUAAUGAUGUCUGCCAUCAUCAUCUUGUUGUUUUACCUGAUAAGUGAGGGGUGGGGCUUGCUGUGAAGCCAAAGUCUUAUUGGCUGACUAGCGAGGAGUGGUUCUGUCGGGGAUCACAAGUUCAGCGCUCACCGGAUCGUGUUGGCGGCCUCCAUCCCGUACUUCCACGCCAUGUUCACCAACGACAUGGUGGAGUGUAAACAGGAUGAGAUCCUGAUGCAGGGCAUGGACCCCAGCGCUCUGGAGGCUCUGAUAAACUUCGCGUACAGCGGACACGUCGCCAUCGACCAGCAGAACGUGCAGUCUCUCCUGAUUGGUUCGAGCUUCCUGCAGCUUCAGAACGUCAAAGACGCCUGCUGCUCCUUCCUGCAGGAGAGGUUACACCCGAAGAACUGCCUCGGCGUGCGUCAGUUCGCCGAGACGAUGAUGUGCACGACGCUGUACGACUCGGCGAACAGCUUCCUGCACCAGCACUUUGUGGAGGUGUCACUGUCCGAGGAGUUCCUGGGCCUCAGGACGGAGGAGGUGCUGGAGCUCGUCGGCUGCGACGAACUCAACGUGAAGGCCGAAGAGCAGGUGUUUGAGGCGGUGCUGGCGUGGGUCCAUCACGACCAGGACCGCAGGGAGACGCUGCUGCCCGAGCUGCUGUCAAAGGUGCGACUUCCUCUGUGUCGACCCGAGUUCCUGUCGGACCGCGUCCAGCAGGAUGAGCUCAUACGCUGCUGCCACAAGUGCAGGGAUUUGGUGGAUGAAGCCAAGGAUUUCCACCUGAUGCCGGAGCGCCGCCCUCACCUGCCCACCUUUAAAACCAGGCAGAGGUGCUGUACGUCCAUCACAGGGCUCAUCUACGCGGUGGGAGGCCUCAACAGCUCAGGUGACUCCUUAAAUGUCGUCGAGGUGUUCGAUCCAAUUGGAAACUUCUGGGAGCGCUGCCAGCCAAUGAGGACAGCUCGCAGCAGGGUGGGUGUGGCCGUCGUUAACGGGCUGCUGUAUGCCAUUGGGGGAUACGACGGCCAAUCGCGGCUCAGCACAGUGGAGGUUUACAACCCCGAGACGGACAGCUGGACGCGCGUGUCGAGCAUGAACAGCCAGCGCAGCGCCAUGGGAACGGUUGUGAUUGAUGGGCGGAUCUUCGUGUGCGGCGGCUACGAUGGAAAGUCGUCUCUGAACUCGGUGGAGUGCUACUCCCCGGAAGCAGACAGGUGGACUGUGGUGACAGAGAUGAGCGCGAGCCGCAGCGCCGCGGGCGUGACGGUUUUUGAUGGCCGGAUCGUUGUCUCGGGCGGCCAUGACGGUCUCCAGAUCUUCAACACAGUGGAGUACUACAACCACCACACUAACCGCUGGCACCCGGCCGCACCGAUGCUGAACAAGCGAUGCCGUCAUGGGGCGGCGGCGCUCGGCAGCCACAUGUACGUGGCGGGGGGGUAUGACGGUUCGGGCUUCCUGAGCGGCGCCGAGGUGUUCAGCUCAGCAUCUGCACAGUGGAGCCUCCUGGUGGCCAUGAACACGCGGCGCAGCCGGGUGUCUCUGGUGUCCACAUCGGGGCGUCUGUACGCCGUAGGCGGGUACGACGGACAAUCCAAUCUCAGCUCCGUGGAGAUGUACAACCCCGACACGAACCGCUGGUCCUUCAUGGCACCCAUGGUGUGCCACGAGGGGGGCGUAGGCGUGGGCUGCAUCCCCUUGCAGCCUGCCUAAACCACCUAUCACAGCCCGAGGACUCGUGAUUUACUGACGGCAGCAGGCGGGAGCGCACCCCGCGGCGGCGUCCCUGCAGCUCUAUCGGUACGAUGGCUGUGCUCAGGCUUGCAAAAUGACGCCGCACCUGCGGGAUCAUGGGAAAACCUGUAGAGCUAGCAGCAGAGGCUAGCUGCUAACAUUAUUCUGUUAGCGUGUGUGGAACAAUUGAUUACUGAUUAUUGAUUACUGAUUUCUUACUGGAUGGACACAAGCAACAGGAAGUGACUUCCUCCCAAACAAACCAAGCUGCUGACUCAGACAGGAAGUCCUUCCUUAACAGUUUCUCGAACUGUUUGUCGAUCAGCUGUAAUCGAUGGGAGCGAUCGAUACAAAACGCCAGCAACACAUGAACCCCGCCCUCUGCAGGCUGCACAGGAAGCUCGUUUGAGGAACGUGUUGCGCCCCCGGAGAUAUUAAUAAGCUCAUUGUCAUGUGACAAAACAUGGUUCUCCAGCUUUCCACAGGAAGUGAUGUCAUGUAGCGCGCAGUCUUUAACGUUUCUUUCGCUGCGAUGCACAGGCGGGCUGCAGAUACCUGCUGCCGCUCGGCUGAUGCAUCUGAAACGCUCCUCAAAGUGUCACCCGAUAUGGCAGUAACCAAUGAGGGUCCGUGUGGUGGUUGCCCCGCCCCUCCAGAGCGAUUGGCUGGAUGGGGUGUGGCAUCAUUUGCGCCAGCCGUGGUGGACACGCCCCCUCACUUAUCGACAUCUGCAUUUGCGUCAGCGGAUAAGCGAUGGAGCACGCUCAGUAGACAGGCGUAUGUUGAACAGCUGGAGGUGGGGCUUAGCGCACUCUGGGGGCAUCGCACUCUGAUUGGCCGCAGCCUGCAGAGAGCGGUCCAGUCGAUCGUGUCAUUGAUCUCCGUGCUUAGAAUCCGUCAGUCACUGUUUACUUCCUGCUGAUCUCUGAUUGGACGCUUAGCCUCAUCAUCAGUGGGUUUUAUUUGUAUUGAUUAACUUAUGAUUGAUUUGUUUUGUUGUGGAUCAAUAAAGAGAAAUUUGGUUAAUAAA